CCAUUUUCGAGUUACCGUAUUCCGGCAAGAUUCUAACAUUUAGUUUGUACUCGAUGCGGGCAUGUCAACAUCCGGUUUCGCCAAAAUGACUUUCGAAAGUCUCAAAGUGCCACAAUUAAAGCGUUUUUUACAGAAUCGCGGAGUUACAUGUCACUUUUACAGAAGAGAUCACCUUUUAAAGCUGUGCAAACUUGCUGAGGAAUUAAAAUUGGAAGUUUUAAACGACGAAUUAGACGAGUUGCAAAGUGGAAGUACUGAGAAGGAUAUUUUGCCAAUAGGAGAUGUUACAAAGUGGUCAGUAAAUUUGGCAACAUUACCAUCAGUUGAGUCAUGUGACGUCAUGGUGUAUCUCUUGAAUGAUUGCGGUUGGGAAGCUUCACGAUUAACAUCCUACAGAAAGGAUAAUGGUUACAAGUUACACAGAGACAACCACAUCAGUGAUGUAACUAUUGCGGAGGUAUCAGAUUCUUCACCAUACUUUUAUGUGAAGGCAUGCUGUGUACCAGAAACAAGGCAGACUGAGGCCCCAUAUGUCACUUGGGUACUCUUGAGAACUAACGGACAGAUAUUUGGUGGUGGUUGUUCUUGUGUUGUAGGUAAUGGGACAUGUAAACACUGUGUUGCCCUAUUGUUCUCCCUGGUGAGCUUUAGUGAUAGGCACAAGGAUCGCUAUUCGGAGGCAUGUACUGACACUGUGUGUAUGUGGGACAAGCCGAAGAAGACAUCUGAGCCAAUGGAGAUAGACAACAUUGAUUUGCAGAAAAAUACAACCACUGACAAAAAAGUUAUGCCAACUCCCAAAAAUUACUCCCCUUGUGGUGAAAUCAAUUUAAGGGAGGUUGAGAAAAAUGUAUUUACUCUGUUUAAAUCAAGCAACUCAUUACUUUUACAAGUUUUAGAUCCUCCAAGUGAUGACAGCUCUUCUGAUGAAAUGGAUAUUCCUACACUAAAAACUGCUUUACAAACACUGUCACUUAAAUGUUCCAUUUUAGAACAUUUAAAAAUGAUUUACACAUCAGAUGUUGUACUAGAAAUAGAAAAGAUUACUAGAGGUCAGUCCGACAACACUGCCUGGUUCGAACAUAGAUAUGGCAGGAUUACAGCAUCACUUUUUCCUUCUGUCAUGCAUUUUAAAUUUACCGACAAUCCUGAAAAUUAUAUCUUGAAGAAAAUACUUAGCUCUUCUGUAGAUAGUUCUCAUUCUCUUGUACCUUCCCUUGCAUUUGGUAAAAAGUAUGAACCUGUAGCCAGACAACAGUACUUUGAAAAACACAAAAAAUCACACAAGAAUUUAAAAGUAGAUCAAUGUGGUUUGUUUGUUAGUGAACAAUAUCCUUUUAUGGGAGCUUCACCAGAUGGAAGAGUUUCUUGCAAAUGUUGUGGAGUGGGGCUCCUUGAGGUUAAAUGUAGUUUUACAUAUCAAAAUGUCGAACCCUUAGAGGCCUGUAAAGAUGAUCAUUACCAUCUUUACAUUGAUGAAAACAAUGAUGUUCGGUUAAAGCAUACUUCACCAUGGUAUGUUCAAAUUCAGGGGCAAAUGGGAAUUUGCAAAUCCUUAUGGUGUGAUUUUGUUUUCUUUACAAGAAGGGGAAUACUUAUUGACAGAAUAAAUUUUGAUGGUGAUAUGUUUUUUGACAUUGUUCAGAAAUGCAACAAAUUUUUUGAUAAAUACGUUGUAAACUCACUGUUGCAUUAAAUGUAACUUCCUGAUUGUAGUCAAUCAUUUGAUCAACUCUCAUAAAGUUCAAUUCAUAAUGUUUUAUGUACCAAUUUGCAUAAAAACACUAAGGUCAUGUUUAUUGAAAAUAUGUUAUAUUUAUUGUUCUUUUAAGCAAAUUUUUAUGGUGUUUGGCUGUUUUCAUUUGUCUAUACAAUCAAUUUCUGGCCAAUGAGAUUUCGUUAGAAAAAAUAAAAACAAUGUGUAACAUUC